AUGCCGGCAUUUCGCAAGACAUUUGGAGACUUCUCGCCCACCGUCCACGGAGUCAUUGUAUCGACGGUGCUCAUAUCUGGUGCUUUUACGGCGCUCAUCGCCGGGAUCCUUGCUCACCGGUUUGGCCAAGUCCGCAUCUUCUCAAUAGGAUCCUUUGUCUUUGGUGUCGGCGCGGCCAUCCAAGCGUCUUCUUCCGCUCUCCCCGCGUUCAUCGUCGGACGGCUUAUCCAGGGCAUAGGCGAGGGCCUGUUUGUGAGCAAUGUAUGGGUGCAGGUCUCGGAAAUGUCGCCGACUAGAGUCCGGGGCACGAUGACGGCAUUGCCGCAGUUCAGCAUCGUGGUGGGUGUUGUGGCCGGCUUCUUCAUCUGCUACGGCACUUCACGUCUCGGCCCAUCAGCGUCACUCAGCUGGCGCAUCCCACUGGCCAUCUCAGCUGUGCUCGGCUUCCUGCUAUCAGGAACGUACUGGCUCGUGCCGGCCUCUCCUCGCUGGCUAUUGGCCAAAGGUCGAGUGGACGAAGCGCGUGACGUUCUCAUUCGACUUGGAUUCGACGACGUCGAGCGUGAAAAGCUGUUGGAGGAAUCAGUGGUCCAGGGCCAGGCUCAGAACGCUGCUGAUGAAACCCUUUGGCAAGGCUUCAAGCAGACGUUUGUAGGAUUCAAGGAGGCCUUUUCAGCCCCGUUCCGUGCCCGCACCAUCUUUGGCUGCUUCAUCAUGGGCAUGCAGCAGCUGGCCGGGAUCGACGGCGUCUUCUACUACGCGCCAAUCCUCUUCCAAAAGGCAGGGCUGAGCGGCGAGCAGGCGUCUUUCCUGGCCUCUGGCGUCUCUGCACUGGCAAUAUUGGGCGUCACCAUCCCGGCCACCUUUCUGGCAGACAAAUGGGGGAGACGAACAUCGAGCCUGCUGGGCGGCGUCCUAAUCACAGCACUCAUGCUGUUGAUGGGAUCCCUGUAUGCGGCUGACAAGGUGCAUGCCGAUAGAGGAGCUGGCAAGUGGGUGGUGAUUGUGUCUAUUUACCUGUUUGCCAUUGUGUUCAACGGGACGUGGGCCAUUGGGUUCCGCACCUUUUUGAUGGAGAGCCUGCCGAGGAAGACGAGGAGCAGCGCGUCGAGCCUCGCUCAGAGCGCCAAUUGGUUCUCGAAUUACCUGGUAGCCCUCAUCACGCCGGUGCUCAUCUCCAAGUCGACGUUCGGUGCCUACUAUCUGUUCGCCUUUUCGUCCCUCUUCACCACGAUUAUUGUUGCCUUGCGCAUGGUUGAGACAAGGGGCCACAGCUUGGAAGAGAUUGAGCAGCGGUAUAUCCAGAGCAGAGGCAUUUCAACAGGCAUGUCGUUGCCGAUGAUGAGGAUGAGACGAGUUCAAGCAGCUCAAUAG